CACACCCUUCUCCGCGUCAGGCUCAGAGACGUGGCCGCUCUUUCCCUGGAAACGCGCAGAGCGCGCAGCCCGUGCGGCGGCCGGCGACCUGCGCUCCAGCCCGCGGCCGUUUUGAGGCGGCCUGAAGCCCGGCUCCUCCGAGCCUCACUCUCCGUCUCCUCUCCCGUUUCCCAGGGCCUGCAGGCGUCCAGGACUGAGCUUAAACUAGGUUAGGAACGACUAGUGUGCCACGAAAUAAGUUGAGUGGGUUGAAACCACCGUUUAAAAGAUAAAAUAGAAGACAAAGUAUCAGUGCGUCUCACAUGAUAAAGACUGUGGAAGUCCUGUUGUGUGCGUAGAGAUACUUAUCCUCAAACGUAGACAUUUUUGAUGCUGAAACGAGGUGCAGAAUAAUUGGGACAAAGAUGUAAUCUGAGGCCGUUUCUGGCCAAGCGGGACACACGGAAGGGUAGAAGUGGACUUACUGGUCAGAGGACAGUCAGAUUUGGGAGAAGUGGCCCCAGAAAUAAAAGCCUCUGAGAGACAAGCAGCUGUGGCCAUUGCAGAUCUGGAAUGGAGAGAAAUGGAAGGAGAUGACUGUGAGCUUCAGUAUGGAGAUGGUGCGAAUGAGGUUCAGGACAGUGACUUUCCAACAGUGGAGAGGAGCCGCCUGCAGGAAAUGCUGUUGCUGUUGGGACUAGAGACAUACCAGGCCCAGAAACUGGGCCUCCAGGAUGCCCUGCAGAUCAGCAGUGACAGCAUGAAAAACUGGGCUCCUCAGGCUCCCAGAGACCUGCCCUGGAAUUUCCUCAGGAAGCUGCAGGCCCUGAGUGCCGAAGCAAGGAACACCACGAUGGUGCUGGAUGCACCCGUGGACGCCCGACCUGUGGAGAAGGAGGAGGAGGUCAUCUACUGGGACACAGCCGAUGAUGUCUCCGCAGAUAUCUACUCCUUCUCGGAGCUGCCCACCCCUGACACCCCCGUGCACCCUUUGGACCUCCUAUGUGCCCUGCUACUUUCCUCCGACAGUUUCCUGCAGCAAGAGAUCGUGCUGAGAAUGUCUCUCUGCCAGUUUGCGCUCCCACUUGUUCUGCCUGACUCGGAGAACCACUGCCACACCUUACUGCUGUGGGCCAUGCGGGGCAUUGUGCGGACGUGGUGGGCACAGCCCCCAAGGGGCAUGGGCAGCCUCAGGGAAGACAGCGUGGUCCUGCCCCGGGCACCUGCCUUUGCCUUUGUGCGUAUGGAGGUCAGCAGCAACUCCAAGUCCCAGCUGCUCAACGCUGUGCUGAGCCCGGGCCACAGGCAGCGAGACUGCUUCUGGCAUCGGGACCUGAGCCUAGGCACCAGCUCUCGGGAGAUUGCAGACGGGCUGGUGGAGAUUUCCUGGUCCCUGCCCAGUGGCAGGGAGGACCUGGACCUUUUCCCAGAGCCCGUGGCCUUUCUGAACCUCCGAGGUGACAUUGGGUCUCAUUGGCUGCAGUUUAAGCUCUUGACAGAAGUCUCUUCGGCUGUGUUCAUCCUGACCGACAACAUCAGUAAGAAGGAGUACAAACUGCUGUCCUCCAUGAAGGGAUCGGCCACCAAGUACUACUUCAUCCUGAGUCCCUACCGUGGGAAACGGAACUCGAACCUGCGGUUCCUGAACAGGCUGAUCCCUGUGCUAAAGAUGGACCACUCGCACGUGCUCGUGAAGGUCAGCAGCACGGACGGCGCACGCUUCGUGCGCAGGGUCCGCUCCAUUGUGGCAAACGUGGCCAGGUCUCCCUGCAGGAGAGUGUCGGUAGAGGAUAUGGCCCAUGCAGCCCGCAAGCUGGGGCUGAGGGUCGAUGAGGACUCUGAGGAGUGUCAGCGGGCAAAGGACCGGAUGGAGCGGAUCACCAGGAAUAUCAAAGACUCGGACGCCUAUCGCCGUGAAGAGCUGAGGCUACAGGGGGAGCUGUGGAGAAAGGCUGCCCGGGUGGAGAAGGAGCUGUGCCAGGUACAGUGGGCCGGAGACCCUCCGGACAAGCACCGGGCAGAGCUGAGGCGCCGGCUGCUGGAACUUCGCAUGCAGCAGAGUGGCUACGACCCCACUGGGGAUGUGCAGGAGUUUAUUGCUGGCAUCAGCUGCCCUUCUCUGGGCGAGAGGCAGUAUUUCCUGAGGUGGAUGGAGUGGGGGUUGGCCUGGGUGGCCCAGCCAAGGCCGAGACAGCCUCCGGAGACUGUUCUGACCCUGAGACUGAAGCAGGGUGGGGCUGGGGACCUCAGUGAGCCGCUCUUGCCAGAGCCCCUGGGGGUGGAGCACUUCCUGCGGGAGAUGGGACAGUUUUACGAGGCAGAGAGCUGCCUUGUGGAGGCAGGGAAGCUGUCCGCAGGUCAGAGGCGGUUUGCCCACUUCCCAGGCUUGGCCUUGGAGCUGCUGGUGAGGGGGCUGCCCCUGGAGCUGAUCGACGGGAGCACGUGGAGCACCCCACUGCGCUGGGUCACAGGGCUCUUGAAGGAGCUGCACAUGCGCCUGGAGAGAAGGUCCCGGCUGGUGGUGCUGUCUGCGCUGGGUGUGCCAGGCACGGGAAAGUCCACUCUUCUCAACACCAUGUUCGGGCUUCGGUUUGCCACAGGGAGGGGUCGUGGUCCUCGAGGGGCCUUCAUGCAGCUCGUCACGGUGGCCGAGAGCUUCAGCCAGGACCUAGGCUGUGACCACAUCCUGGUGAUAGACUCUGGGGGUUUGAUAGGAGGUGCCCCGGCCACGGCUGGGGAGCGCUUUGAGCUGGAGGCCUCCCUUGCCACUUUGAUUAUGGGGCUGAGCAACGUCACCGUGGUCAGUUUAGCUGAAACAAGGGACAUCCCACCGGCUAUUGUACAUGCCUUUCUGAGGCUGGAGAAAAUGGGGCACAUGCCCAACUACCAGUUUGUGUACCAGAACCUUCACGACACCUUUGCCCCUGGCCCAAAGCCACGGGAGAGGAGGCCGUUGCUGGAGCAGCCCGUGGACGUGAGCAGAGCUGCUUCAUAUGUGGACAGGCAAGGAGAAGGCCUCCGGACGCUGGUGGACCUGCCCUUUUGUGACCCUGAGAAGCAGCACAUCUGGCAUGUCCCUGGCCUGUGGCACGGGGCUCUUCCCAUGGCCCCCGUGAGCUUGGGGUACAGUGAAGCCGUGUUUGAGCUGAAGAGGUGCCUGCUGGAGAACAUCAGGAACGGCCUGUCCGACCCCAGCAGGAACUUUCAACAGCUGAUGGAGCUGGUGAGACUGCUGUGAGUGCAGCUGCUUUGAGGGGUGUCCACCUAGGGCUGGCACCCGAGAGGAGCUGGUACCCUGCCCAUGUGAAAAGGUAGAAAAGCAAAAGACCGGGCCUGGAGUUUCUUAAACAGUGUUAAGCUGAGAGAGGCUGUGGGGUGUGUAUUGCCCUGGGGUCAGGGGCAACAUGAGCUCUGUUUGAGUUCCUUGGGCAGCCCCCGUAGUGGGGCCUCUUUCAUCUGUGCCUGGAGUGGAGAGUUGCUCUCCAUCACUGCAGCCAGGUGCGAAUGGGUCAGGAAGGGGCCCCAGGAAGCAGACAGGCUUCCAGCAAACCCGGCGUUGGUGGGUCCAUGCUGCCUGUUCAGUGAGUGCCCGUGUGGGCAAGUCUAUUUAUUGACUGUCUGUGAAGCUCUCCCCAACCCCACCCUGCUCGCUCUGCCACACCCCACACCCCACAGCGCCUUGUGUAUACCUUCCAGUACAAAUAGGUGCAGCGUGGCUUACCUGCUCACACAUCUGCCCCUACCCCACACUGUGAGCUCCUUGAGGGUGAC